AUGCUGCUGAAAUCUGUUACUCUCCUCGCACUCUCUGCCUUUGCAUCUGCUAUGCCUGUGAAGCGGGCUGCAGUGACAGAUUCGGACAUCUUCCAGAUUGCGUUGACUCUUGAACACCUGGAGAAUGCGUUCUACACUGAGGGCUUGAAGAAGUACGACGCGGCAGCUUUCAGAAAAGCUGGGUUCCCGGACUGGGUACGAGGGAGGAUAACCCAAGUGGCGGAACACGAGGCUACACAUGUCAAGUCCUUGGAAAAGAAACUCGGUAGCGCUGCCACCCAGCCUUGCACUUACCAGUUCCCAGACACCGACGCAACGUCGUUCGUAACUCUCGCUGGGGCACUCGAAUGGGGUGGCGCCUCUGCCUACCUUGGUGCGAUAUCACACCUCACCAACCCAGACGACAUCACAGUGGCUGGUUCCAUAUUGGCCACGGAGGCUCGACAAGCAGCUUGGAUUAAUUCAGCGGCACUCAAAGGUUUCCCAUGGGACGGGAGCUUCAACACCCCCCUUACCGCGGAUGAAGUUUUAGGUAUCGUCCAAGGGUUCUUCAAGACAUGCCCUGCUUCGAACCCUAAGCUCAUCGCUGCGCCAUUCCCGAGCAAAUUGACUGUUGGGAAGGCGGUCUUGGGACACAACGUCGCGGUGACAUUUACACCUCCAUCUGGGUCCACGCAGCAGUUCUAUCUUGCUUUGAGGUCAGGCCUUAAGACGCACGUCAGUCCUAUAGUAGGAGGACAAGCCAAACUCCCUGCUCAUUUGCAAGGGAAUGUGUUCGCUACCGUUGUGGACAAUCCUAAUGUCACUACGGAUGCUAAUACUGUUGCCGGGACUGCCGUUUUGACCUUCCCUCUCCCAGCGAAUGCUCACAAUUCCUAA